AUGGGUGAAUCUCAACUACUACCUUCGGUCGAGGAGUCUGCUCCUCAGGAUACAGAACCUCCUAUACGACCGUAUAAUGGCAACAACACUACACCCCCACCCCAACCCCAACCAUCCGUUGCUCCCCACAGUGACGGAAGUCCUUCCCCAUCAUUCGCGGCUUGGCACACCAUUACUGCCAUACAAGCAGCCGCAAGAUUGGAUGUGGACAUCAGCAAUGGCCUCACUGCAGAUGAAGCAGCAGCUCGCCUUUUCCACUAUGGAUAUAACAAGGUUAAAGGAGCUGAAGGGCUAUCCUUGUGGUCGAUUUUCUUAAGGCAGGUGUCCAACAGUCUCACUCUCGUGCUGGUCAUUACCAUGGGAUUGAGCUUUGGCAUCAAUGAUUACAUCGAAGGAGGCGUCAUCACCGCAGUCAUCCUCCUCAACAUUGUUGUUGGUUUCUGGCAAGACUACAAAGCAGAGAAGACUAUAGAGUCCCUCAAAAAACUAACUGCCCCUGACUCCACCGUCGUUCGUGGUGGAGAAACUAUCAAAAUUCGAGCGACUGAUCUCGUACCUGGCGACAUCGUUCUAUUGGACACUGGAAACAUCAUUCCAGCUGACCUUCGCCUUAUCGAUGGCAUGAACUUCGCUACUGACGAGGCUUUCCUCACUGGUGAAUCGGAGCCUAUUGAGAAGAAUUCUUCUCUGGUAUUCGAUGACGAGGAUUUGGACCUUGGCGACCGGACCAAUUUGGCUUUCUCUGGCAGCAAAAUGACCAGAGGUCGCGGGUCCGGAAUAGUCGUAGCUACCGGCAUGAAGACUGAAGUUGGCAACAUCGCAAACAUGCUUCGCCAACAAGAUGUAGAGCCCGAACAACGAUCCAUGCCCCAAAAGGUGCUGUAUAAGAUUACCACAUACGGAAAGAACAUUCUAGGGCUCAAGGGUACCCCGUUACAGGUCACCUUGAGUAAGUUUGCUCUACUGCUCUUCGGCCUCGCUAUUCUCUUGGCUAUCAUCGUCUUUUCAGCGAGUAAAUUUCAGGUUGGUGGCGAAGUACUCAUAUACGGUAUAUGUGUCGCUGUGGCUGUGAUCCCAGAGUCUCUCAUUGCCGUGCUCACCAUCACUAUUGCUGUCGGCGCCAAAGCAAUGGCGAAAGCAAAUGUCAUCAUAAGAGUCUCCUCCGCCAUUGAAGCAGUGGGAGGUGUAACCAACAUCUGCUCCGACAAGACUGGAACUCUGACCCAAGGUCGCAUGAUUGGAAGGAAAGCCAUAAUUCCCGGCUUUGGUACUGUUGCUGUCGAGGGGACCGAUAAUCCUCACGACCCCACCAGUGGAUACCUGACCCUGGACGGCUCCCGUCUUGGCAUCGAUGACUACGUGGGGAACGAAGUAUCCAAUCGUUUCUUCCGAACAAUCGCUCUCUGCAACCAGUCCAAAGUGGAACAAUUGGUAGACUCAUCUCCUUCUGGCGACAUCAAAGCUGCCAAGAAAGAGAAAGCCAUCAAUGAACGAAAUGCCAGUGAUGUCGACGACGGUACAGAUGUUUCUACCAUUCAAUCAGCCACCAAUACCCGCCCUACUACAGCCUCUAGCUUGACUGGGAAUCUUUCCGGUCCAUGGCAAGCCUUUGGCGACCCCACUGAGAUUGCACUCCACGUUUUGGCCAUGCGCCUGAAUAUGGGGAAGCAAGAUCUGCUCUCGAAACUCGACAUCGACCUGGCCGCUGAAUUCCCCUUCGAAUCCUCAGUCAAGAAGAUGACAGUGGUUUAUGAAGACAAGCGAGCCGGGCACUACGACGUUUACACCAAAGGUGCCGUGGAAUUCAUGUCCCCUGUUUUGGACAUUACAGCCGAAGAAAAGGAAAAUAUCAACCAAAUGGCUGAAAGCAUGGCUAACGAAGGCCUACGUGUCCUCUGCAUUGCUCACAAGACGCUGUCACUCGGAACGGACUUGCAACAUCGUGCAAGCGUCGAGACACAACUCAAAUUCAUCGGUCUGGUCGCCAUCUAUGAUCCCCCUCGUCUCCAGUCCCGGGGAGCAGUCUUGGAAUGCCAAAUCGCAGGAAUCACCGUGCAUAUGCUCACGGGUGAUCAUCCGGGAACCGCUGAAGCUAUCGCGCGCGAAGUUGGUAUUCUUGACAACUCUUUGCCCAAGGAAGUAACACAUAAACGCGUAAUGAUCGCCCGGGAUUUCGAUGCUUUGAGCGAAGCGGAAAUCGAUCAAAUGGAUGAACUUCCCUUGGUUGUCGCCCGUUGCAGUCCUGCCACUAAAGUCAAGAUGGUGGACGCUCUUCAUCGACGAAAAUGUUUCUGUGUUAUGACUGGAGAUGGCGUCAACGAUUCACCGGCCUUGAAGAAAGCCGACGUCGGUAUUGCUAUGGGUACUGGGAGCGACGUUGCGAAAGACGCCGCCAAGAUGGUCUUGACCGACGACAACUUCGCAUCUAUUGUUAAGGCUGUCGAAGAAGGGCGUCGCUUGUUCGACAACAUUCAAAAGUUCUUGAUGCACUUGCUCAUAUCGAACAUUGCACAGGUCAUACUCCUCCUGAUCGGUCUUGCUUUCAAAGACAACGAGAACUUCUCCACGUUUCCACUCUCCCCCAUUGAGAUUCUCUGGGUCAACCUCAUCACCAGUUCGUUCCUCGCCAUUGGUCUUGGACUGGAAGAAGCACAACCUGAUACCAUGUUCCGUCCGCCACACAGCCUCAAGACUGGCGUCUUCACUGCCGAGCUCAUCACCGACAAGUUCAUCUACGGUUUCUUCAUGGGCAGCUUGUGCUUGAUGAGUUACGCACUGGUAGCGUACGUGGGGCCUGAUCCAGCGGGUCUUGGUCUCGGGCAUGGUUGCAACGACGACUGGAAUGAGAGCUGUGGUGUCGUCUUCCGCGCUCGUGCUACCACCUACACUACCAUCACGCUACUCUUGCUGGUGACUGCCUGGGAAGUCAAGCACUUCUCCCGAUCUCUCUUCAAUAUGUACCCCGAGAGCGGUGAACGUCGCGGUCUUUCUAUCUUUUCAGCAGUGUGGCGCAAUCGCUUCCUGUUUUGGGCAGUAACUGCCGGAUUCACCAUCUUGUUCGCCCUCAUAUACUUACCAGUCAUCAACCGAGAAGUGUUCAAGCAUGGAUCAAUCACGUGGGAAUGGGGCAUCAGCUUCGGGUGCGUCGCAAUUUACGUUGCGGCCAUUGAAAGCUGGAAAGCCAUCAAAAGGAGUUUCGGCAUCUGGAGCGGUAAGCACAAGGUGCUCAGCCGCGAGGAUGCUGAAAAUCGCGUGGGAAUGACCCAACCAGGAGAGAAAAGCAGCAAGUAA